AUCGAUAUCACACAUGUCUUGCUGCUAGUGAAAUGAUUGCUGCCGCCUGCAAGCUGAAUUAAAAACAAAAAUUAGGUAUGUCAGCUGUGGAACAGGACCCCGUCGAAUUGAUGCUGAAGAAAACGGGCUGCAUUGAGCUACACUACAAGGUACAGGAGUGCAUUGCAGAGACGGGUGACUGGCGUAUGUGCCAGGACAAAGUGAAAGAGUUCAAGGCGUGUAUGCAAAAAUAUGUGGAUCAACAGACCAAAAAAUACGCCAAUGUUAAGUAAAAUGAUACAAAAACUUCUGAGCACCAGCAUUGUAGCAAAUCCAACCAAACUGGCGCUUGUCGUUCGCGGCGACCUAAAGAUGAGCAAAGGCA